AUGAACGACGUGGCUUGGUUAUUGCACAGUAACGGAGCCCUCGACCUCAAGCUCUGCUCCGAUAUUCCUCUAACGGCGAAGGGCAUUGCUACUUGUUCAACUGUAUUUGCGACUGGGACGCAAGAACCGACUAGCGCUGCGUCGCAGUCGAAGGCUUUGAACAUGGCUAACAAGGUCACUGGCGAGCAGCCCGUCAAUCGUCGUUCGCUCCAGAUUGAUCACAUUAUUACGUCGAAGAACUCAACAGGCGCUGUGGAUGGCGUUAACAUAACAUAUAAUGAUGGUGCCAACAGCGUGUUUCUCACACAACAGUGUGCACGCGUUCUCGUAUAUCCAUCUGAAGUCGUGAAUAGCUACAAGUACGAAGACAUUGCUCUUCUUGGAGCCCAGUUUUGGUUGUUGGUUCUCUCCUUUAUGGCGAUAGUAUUUGGAUCAAUCCCACAGAUACUAGCGGUUCUCUCAACGAGAUUACUUGCCACAGCCUGGUCGGCAUACUCCAUUUGGUUCACAAUCUAUCAUAAAGAUACCUUCUAUCGGCUGGUUGUCGCACCAGGCACGUCCUGUGCAUUCAAUCUGUUUCCCACAUUCUUUCAGAUACGAAUAGCCUUAGGAAUCGCGGACCUGGUACUCAACACCACUGCCCUCGCUUUCACCGGCUACCUCGGGCGGCACCUUAUCCAAGUGUUCGGUGCAUUCACAUUCCAGCGCGUCGGCCCGCCAUCUCAUGUCGUGUGCAUUUAUCGCCUCUUCCUGGCCCUAUGGGUGUUUCUACAACUUUCGGUGUAUUUCCUCAUCACCCCCAUUGGCCUUUGGAUCACCUGGCUACUCAACGGGAGUGCCCUUGGCCAGAUCACGCGAGAAGCCACGCUCUAUCAGGCGCUGUUCAUCGCUACUGUUGCAACUCUGCCCCUGUGGGUUAUCCUCGGCUGGCAUGCCGUGCGACGUGAGCACAAGCUUCUCAUGGUAGUAUUCCUGCUCCUCUGCGCCACAUACAUCGCGUGCUGGCUGGCCAUGUUCAGGGCACACGUGUAUCGAUGGAUAUUCCUCCAAUGGACGUUUUUCAGCUGCCUCACUGGAGUGUCGUUCGUCGUCCUUAUCGGCACUGGUGUGCUUGGCGUACUCUGCUGGACGAAGUUUGGACGAGGACUGGGAGAAUUUCUGCGCAUCGAAGCCGCACUAGCGGACGCAGAUUUCUCGCCUGCGCUUUUCUCCAACAAGAUGGAGGCGGGGUCGGAAAAACAAGAUCUGAGCAGGUUCUCGAGUAUGUGCUCGGAGCCUUCUAGCAAGAUCACGUCCAGGAAAGACGACUCUUGGGAUCCGUUUCAGGUUGAUCAGUCGCCUGUUAUUGUUAUCUCUGUCCAAAAGGACGUGUCAGUCCUGCCGCGGUGA